GCGCAAGUCCCGCUUUAGUCUCUUUCAAUUGUCAGGCAUGGCUCCGACCAAUAUUGCCGACAUUAUCAACCGGGAAUUCUCGGGGGAAAAAUUCACAGCCAAACAGAAAAGCAAAAUAAUGAAGAUCACAAUAGAGAAAAGGCGCCGGGAUCGGAUAAACAGCAGCAUCAACCAGCUGAAGACUUUACUGGGAAGGGAGUUUCAAACGGAGGAGCCCAAUAUGAAGCUGGAGAAAGCGGACAUCCUGAAAAUGACUGUGAAUUACCUGAAGCACCACAGCCAACAGCUCAGAGCUAGCGGUCCAGCCAACACUCCGGAACGUGACUACAACGAAGGAUACUCUCGAUGUUUGCAAGAGGCUCUGCGCUUUUUCUCUGCCCAAGAAGACAAGACCGACAUUCAGAAGAAGUUAGUGACCCGUUUCCAAAGAAGACAGCCACCGUGUCCGGCCAAGGCGACCGUGAGUUAUCCUGUAUGCCCUCUGUCCUCUGCUCCCUGUCAGACCGGCAGCGAGCGGCCAGCUCAGUGUUGCCAGGCAUCCCUGUGGAGACCCUGGUAAUGCAACACAGAAUGUGGGAUACUCUGCCCGUUUGCAGUGGUGGUGAAGACGAUGUAGGAGAAUCAUUCUCCAGUGUCAGCAGUAACUGUGGUAGAACUGGAACUGUUGUAAGGGUUGCUUCAUAUUGAAGAAAGCGUAUUGCCCCCAUUUAUGGGGCGCGUCAUUUUAUAAAGAAUGUCCGGAUUUUGCGCUAUCGAUAGUUUAGUCAGACUUCUCGUUUCGAUAACUGUCAUCAAUGUAAUUAAUAAAACGUGGUCCCAGAUCCUGGAAAGGGAUCGUUUUGUUUGUUUUCUUCAUGGUGAAGAGAUGCUGCAAUUCUUGGAGGUCAAUUGUACGAGGUUAGGCGGGCGGGUGUUUGAUUGUUACCAGAUUACUCAUGAGUCAGUGACAACACCAUUUCCUUCACCAUAUUCACACCCCUUUAGCUCUUUGAUACUCCCACGUGGAUAGAUUUCCCUACACUCUCUCACCAACGCCCUCUACAGGUCUCAUAUCCCUCCUAUUUGCACAGCCUUUCAGGUCUCCACUGUCACUAGGUGGGCGCCGACCUCGCCGCCCAAGUCCCACAUCCGUUACGCAGAGAAUAGAGACAUGGCACAUCUCUAACCUGACUGUCCACGUUUAGUUUGACUAUCCUAAGUAAUGCCAUCCUCUCCGCACGUAACCACCUCAAAUCUCACAGCACUGAACUCUCAUAACUGUCCCAGAGGAAUCGGUGCAUUCCCGCCCCCUUUUCUGUCCUUAGCACUGUCUUGGCGAAUUCCAAAUCUGAUCUGUAUUCAGCAUAAUUUCUGGCUAUUGCUCAGUGACUAACACAUACUUCCACGUCUAUUCAACGAGGCCAUUGGCAUUCACUCAAAGUAGCGACCAUUCUGCAGUACGUUGAAACUUGAUGAUUCAUAACUUCUAAUAGACCCAACAUUGGUAAAGCUGUACCUUUGGAAACUUUCCCCAGACCUUUGGUAUCUCGGAUACUGAUUUUAGCAACUUCCCUGGCGCCUUGUUCAGGGUAAACUAAAUGAUCGGCGACCUUGGGAUCUGUUAAAUCUCUUGGUGAAAUUUUACCCACUAUUUGGUUCAUGAGGAAGCUCGCCUUCUUACAUCUCUGGAAUACAUUACGUCUUUGAAUUCUCGUCCUUUGUACAAAUUGAGAGCCCACCAUUUGUUGCCUGCAAAUUACUCGGAGAUUUGUUUUCAUCUGUCUAAAGCGAGCGAUACAAGUGCAAGUUCUUGCUUUGAAAAUGCUCGGAAGUUGCUUUUAAUCUAUUAUAACUUGCAAUGUCAGAAUAUAUACCCCGCUUGAAUGUACACGAUGCCUUGUACUAUAUACAUGCAACCACGAAUAAAACGUAAU